AGACAGCGAGGACGUGGAGCCCUGAACUUUCCUCCUCCUCCUCCAUCAUAAUCAUCAUCAGCAUAACAAAGCUCCAGAGGGGAGCGGAGUGGCGCGGCGCGCUCAAGCCGCCCAGGGAGUCCGGAGUCCGGCUAGAGAUCUGAUCCACACCGCGGUGCACCGGGAAACCUUGCGCCCAAACUCCGGGGCCAUGGACGGAGUUUUGGCGCAACACAGCGGGGCUAUAGGGAGUGUGUUACCACAGCUAACCGGCCCUGAAGAAAAACCUGUGCCCGGAUUGAUGGAUGAGCCUCGAGCUGGGACUCGCGGUGCCUCCCGAAUCCCUGUGGAUCAGCAUGACGGCGAAUGGGCGCCGAACGCCGGGGGCAAGAAGAAGAACUACCAGCGCUACCCGAAACCUCCAUACUCUUACCUGGCUAUGAUCGCCAUGGUGAUCCAGAACUCACCCCAGAAGAAGCUCACUCUCUCUCAGAUCCUGAAAGAGAUCAGCACGCUCUUCCCAUUUUUCAAAGGGAACUACAAAGGAUGGAGAGAUUCGGUGCGGCACAACCUGUCCUCUUAUGACUGCUUCGUCAAGGUGCUGAAGGAUCCGGGUAAGCCUCAGGGGAAGGGGAAUUUCUGGGCUGUGGAGGUGAACAGGGUCCCUCUAGAGCUGCUGAAGAGGCAGAACACGGCCGUGUCCAGACAAGACGAAACCAUCUUUGCCCAGGACCUGGCACCCUACAUCCUGCAAGGGCAUACUCCUGCUCAGCAAGAUGAAACACAGCCCCCUGCGCCUGACCUGCCUAUCCGUCACCCGUCCCCUGCUUCAGAAGAUAUUUAUCGUCCUAAACUGGACUCGUCCUUUGCUAUUGAUUCACUCUUGCACAGCUUUAGACCGGCAGACACUCUUAGGGGUCGAGGUGAUGGAUGGGGGGCAGAGUCAAAUCAUCGUUCACCACGUCCUCGCUAUAUUUCUUCUAAUCGGAGUGCGUCAGCCAGUUCUGCUAGUCCUGCGUCUUCAUCAUCAUCAGAUGAAGACUGGAGAGGGAUGACACGAUUCGAGGCAAGGAAACGAGGGACAGACGGCGGACAUCAUGGAGCCGACGGAUUCGGCAAUUAUUUCCCGCCAAGUAAAGUAGCGAAGCGCGGUGUUUCAGCACCUCCUCCUUGGGAAUUGCCAACUUCUUAUGCCAAGUACACUCCCCCAAAUGCUGUAGCCCCGCCCAGCAUGCGCUUCAACACGAACCCUUUCAUCCCCCUCGGCUCUGUUCCGUUCUACAGCCACCAUGUCGCGCCCAAUCACUUCAGUGCUCAUUCUUACUGGCCCCUGUUGUCCAGUGGGCGUGUUUCGUUACAGGCUCCGCCCCUGCUAAUGGACUUGGACAGCAUGUUGCAGUCAGUUCCACCCAACAAGAGUGUGUUUGAUGUGCAUACACCACCAAAUCAAUAUGGACCUCCAUUUAGCAAAUAUUCCUAGUGCUGCUGCUACUGAAAUCAUUUUUAAAUGGGAAAUGAGAUUUUAUUUUUCUUCAUCCAAAGGCAGGAAUGUUUUUUGCUGUUAACUCUGCCUGUGUUUACUCCAGGAAAAUCUACCAGUUGACUGAUGAAUGUAACGCAACAAUGACCAAAAACCUUGCACUGACAGUUUGCACUCAUUUGACCUUUUUGUUGCCAUUUUAUAGUUUUUUUUUUUUUUUUUAAUAUUUGUGAAAUCUUUUAAAUGUUCACCUUGACGUUUGAAUGUUGUGCUCCGAACCUCACCGUUUUGAGGAGGUGGAAAGUGAGGUGUUGUGUAAAGACAGGGUAUUUAACUGAUGUUUACAAGCUUUUCACGUGCCUUCUACCUCGACUUCACUGUUUUUUUUAAAAGAAAUGCUGCAACUGUUUUCUCCUGUAAUGCUAAAAUGCUACAUGGCCAACCUCAACGCUAAAUUCCACAUGUGGCUGUAAUGCUACUGUAAACAGUAAUGCUAACUGAUGGACCUAUUAGUGUUCGGCACAUUGAUCUGAUAGAUGGUGUUAAUCAUGUGGGUCACAGAUGAGAUGAUGUGUGAAGCAGUGUGUGGGUCCCAACCCCCAGGUUUGAGAGAAUCUCGGUGCCGAUGCAUCUGCAUGUUGAUGGCUUGUCGUUAGUCUGCAAUCUCCUGAGCUAUUCAGGGGAAACUUAUCAAAUGCAGAUAGAGGUGUGUGUGUGUGUGUGUUUAAUGUUGUUCUCUAUUGUUAAGGGCUAUUUUAUACCAAAAAGGAUCCAUUCUAAACAUUCUGUCUUUAUUUUCUCAAUCAUCCCUCUAAAAUGUGCUUUAACUAAUAUACAGCAUUUUCAGCAUUUCUCUGUUUUUGUUGUCUUUUGUCUGUUUUUUGGGGGGGUUUUUUUUAGUAUUUUAUACAGAGAUUUUAAACCUGACACUCAUAAUUUGUGGCCAAUUCCAAUUUAAAAGGGACCUUCUAUAUAUGUUUUAUAUAUUUUUUUUCUCAUUUUUGAUGUGGAAGUGUGUAGCAUUUCCCCUCACAUUGUCCUCUUAGAUACUCCAAUGAACUAUUUGCUCACACAGUUCUGUCCUUUUUUCCCCCCUCCUCUUCUGCCACAUUGCAGCUGGAGGUAAAUGGUGUCUUGGCUAUUCAUGUCUCAAAACAUCGCCUUGCAUUUGAAAUGCGUUUCCAUGCUGUUUUUACUUUCUCAUGUGACUGUGAAUGUCUAAAG